AUGUGUUCUAUCGAAAAUCCAAUUUCCAUGGAGGGUGAAGCCGACAAUAGUCAAAAGUUGCUAGUAAAAUGGCACAAGGCAAUGAAAACGGCAACUGAAGCUCAAAUUCUGCUGCAGGAAGUUAUGUCAGAAAUGAGUGGUCUUCUAAGCACGGAAUGCCAAUGUAGAAACGAUAAUAAGAAGCAUAAUAUUGGUCAAUAUAACAAUAAGAAGAUUAAGCACAAAUACAAAAUAAAUGAAAGUGAUAGUAGUGCAACUAGUUCAAGUUAUUGUGAUAGUGAAAUUGAAAUUAUAUCCUGUCACAGGACAGCUCUAGAUGAACAUAAACGACAACAACAUCACAGUGGUCAUCAUGGACGGCGAAAUCGUUCUCAUUCUCGUGGCCAUGAUCGUAAACGUGAUCGCAGUCGUUCCCGGGGACGAUCACGUGGUCACUCUAGAGGACAUUCUAGGGGACGAUCACGUGGCCAUUCUAGAGACCACUCCAGAGGACGUUCUUGUGGAUAUUCAGCUACACGUAAUUUUCCCAGUAGAAAAUCCAGUCAUUCCUGCACACAUUCAAUCGAAAAUAGACUGCCAAUGGCACUGACCAUAUAA